AUGGUCAACAGAGCAGUGCUGCUGCUGGCUGUGCUGCUAUCGGCCGCUGCGGCACAGCGGUAUACCCCACCGGAAGUAGCUUCAGCGGCUGCAGAGGAGGCCCCAGCUGCCGACACGCUGCCAGCAGCUGCUGACGAAGCCGCAGAAGUGGUUGUAGAACCAGCUGAACCGGCAGGAGAGGAUGCGGAGGGAGUAACGACAGAAGAGGAAGAGAUAGAAGUUGAGAUGAUAGCUGAUGAGCCCACCGAUGAGUCUACAGAAAUGUCAGCAUCAAAGUCUGAGGCUGAGUCAGACUCAGACUCAGACUCAGACUCAGAGUCCAGCGCCGCAGCUGAGUCGCCUUCUGAAUCCCCGGAAGCGACUGGAUCCUCAUCCGAUCCUACUAGUCCUCCUACCUACCCCGUUCCUUCGUCCAGCGGCAUUCCAGCAUGUUCAUCGAACACCACCAAACCCUGGUGUCUAGAAGACUCUGACUAUCCUGCUGAGAUGAUCCGUCUCGCUAUUGCCUACCACCACUAUGCAGUGUUAUCGCUCUAUCAAGACGUAGUGGCUGAUACUGAGAAUUCAGUGGACAGGUUAACGAAACUGGAGGAGGAAAGCUACGUCUGCAGCAGCGCAGUUAGUUACGUACAACCACUUAGAGCGGUGAAUACGGAUGGAGAUUGGAGGACGAUCGUCAAUGGAAUUAAGGUACACUACGACACCUUCACCCAAACCGUGCGUCUCGAGGAGUGUCAAUCACCCGGGGAACCCUGCCCAUUGGUUCCCGCGUGCUACGAGUCCGCCUGUCUGCAAAAAUCCACCGUUCAGCGUAUGUUGGUGUACGAUCCCAGCGAUUAUUAUCAGCCGUUCGCGAUGGACACCUUCCGACUGCCUUCUGCUUGCGCAUGCGCACUGGGUGCGUACGAGAUCAGCCAUUAGGCGGGCGGUUUGAAAUGCGAGGUGAUGUAUCGGACAAUGCAU